AUGUGCCCCUCGGCAGACGACACGCCCACCAACGGUGUCAACGGACACUCCAACGGUGUGAAUGGCCAUGCGAACGUCAACGGUAACCGCGAUGGCUACACCGGAAUCCAGACGAGAGCAAAUCCCGUUCCUGCGAAUUCCCGAAAUCCAUACCUUCCCGUUGGCGAUUUCCUCAGCAACGUCAGCAAGUUCCAGAUCAUCGAAAGCACGCUAAGAGAAGGAGAACAAUUUGCCAAUGCUUAUUUCGACACGGCCAAGAAGAUCGAGAUUGCAAAGGCACUGGAUGAGUUCGGCGCCGACUACAUCGAACUCACCUCCCCAGCCGCGUCGGAGCAGUCUCGCAAGGAUUGCGAGGCCAUCUGCAAGCUCGGCUUGAAGAGAUCCAAGAUCUUGACACACAUCCGAUGCCACAUGGAUGACGCUAGAAUAGCGGUGGAAACUGGUGUGGACGGCGUGGAUGUGGUCAUCGGCACAUCCUCAUUCUUGAGAGAACAUUCCCACGGAAAGGACAUGACUUAUAUCAAGAACACAGCGAUUGAGGUCAUCGAAUUCGUCAAGAGCAAGGGUAUCGAAAUCCGAUUCUCCAGUGAAGAUUCUUUCCGAUCUGAUCUGGUUGACCUUCUUUCGCUCUACCAGGCUGUUGAUAAGGUCGGAGUAAACAGAGUUGGUAUCGCCGACACUGUUGGAUGCGCUUCACCACGUCAAGUUUACGAUCUUGUUCGUACUCUCCGGGGUGUUGUCAGCUGUGACAUCGAAUGCCAUUUCCACAACGACACCGGAUGUGCCAUCGCAAACGCGUACUGCGCUUUGGAGGCGGGUGCUACUCAUAUCGAUACCUCAGUGCUCGGUAUUGGUGAGCGAAAUGGUAUCACCACUCUUGGUGGUCUGAUGGCUCGAAUGAUCACGGCCGACCGUGACUAUGUCAAGGGCAAGUACAACUUGGAGAAGAUCAAGGAUAUCGAGGAACUGGUUGCGGAAGCCGUUGCGGUCAACAUUCCUUUCAACAACCCCAUCACGGGAUUCUGUGCUUUCACCCACAAGGCCGGCAUUCACGCCAAGGCUAUCCUGGCCAACCCAAGCACUUACGAGAUCAUUGAUCCCUCCGACUUUGGUAUUGGAAGAUACAUCCACUUUGCCUCCCGAUUGACUGGUUGGAAUGCCAUCAAGUCUCGAGCACAGCAACUCAACAUCGAAAUGACCGAUGCGCAAUACAAGGAAGUCACGGCUGCCAUCAAGAGACUGGCCGACAUUCGACCGAUUGCGAUUGAUGAUGCUGACUCUAUCAUCCACGCCUACCAUCGCGCCCUGAUGCAAGGAAAGAAGAAUCCCGGAAAUGAGGUCGAGCUACCUAACAUGACCGAAAAGGAGAAGAAGCUUUUGGCGGAGAAGCAACAACAAGAGGAAUCGAUACCCGAGAAGAGACAGCUAGAUGAGACUGUCGCAGAGGAGGUCUCCAAUGGCCAUGCUACCAAGAAGGCCAGAACGAACGGUGUCACUGCAUAG